AGUCCUUGCUUUCCCGCCGACGGUUGGCCACGUCACGUGACAUGGGUUGGAAGAUGGCGUCUCCCACAGAGGGGGCAGAUCUGGAAGCAUCUUUGCUAAGUUUUGAAAAACUUGACCGUGCCUCGCCAGACCUUUGGCCAGAACAAUUACCAGGCGUUGCUGAAUUUGCAGCUUCCUUCAAAAGUCCUAUUACUAGCUCUCCACCCAAAUGGAUGGCUGAAAUAGAACGUGAUGACAUCGACAUGUUGAAAGAACUGGGGAGCCUUACCACAGCUAAUUUGAUGGAGAAGGUACGAGGCCUACAGAACUUGGCCUAUCAGCUGGGGCUGGAUGAGUAUUAUUCAUCUACUCUAGGGGUUGACAUUUACUUGACACCCUAAUCUGGUGUUUCAAUGUCUCAGUCCUCUUUCCUGCAUUAAUUGAAAGAAUGACAUGGAUGAAAAAUAAGCAAUAGGAACUGAUGAAUCCCCAAGGACCAGUGAUCCUGUUUUCAUGCAAAUAUCUGCACUGAUAAAGAUGAUGGAAAGAAAAAAAAUGCAAAAAAUAUUUGUCCUCAAAACAUGAUUGUUAGUCACUUCCCUAGAGUAUUGUUAAAUGUUAGUAUAGAAAUAAUGUGAACCUUCUAGGGCUGAUAGUAACUAGAUUGUGUCUUUUGGAAAAUGAACUCUGCCCUUUGAUUUGGUACAUGAUUAUGUCUCAGAUAACUUUUAUGGUUUGCAGAUUUUGGAAUGCAGUAAGUUUUUGUAUAGGCAUUUAUAGCUUCUCAUGAUUGGGGCCCCUUGGUUUGAUUUGGGCAGUUAAUUUAUAUGAAAUUCCCAUGAAAUAUAUAGAAAUACAAAAAAUUGUAAACUGCCUUAUCAUAUAAAGAAUUCUGUUUCUGUUACUUCCAUCUGAGUUCAGUGUCCUUCCUAUUUUACUUAUAGUCACCUUCUAACUGGUCUCCCUGCCUCUCAACUACCCUAUUCCAGUUCAUCUUGUUUACCACUACCAGAUUAAUUUUUCUAAAGUACCAUUUGCUUCUGUUUGUCCUUUUCUCAUGUCAUUAGUAGUACAUCAUUACCCAUGUGAUAAAAUUCAGAUUCCUUAGCAUGGCAUUCAAAAUCCUCUACACUCUGGCCUUAGCCUAAUCUCUAGCCUUCUUACUUACUUCUUCCCUACCAAAACAAUCUACACUGUUCCCAUUUUAAAUACUCACUGUUCCUGGAACACUUCCCCAUCUUCUUAAUUCUGUUCAUGCUAUUCUUUUUUCUUAGAAAGCCCUCCUUGACCUAUUUCUAAUACAUUUAUGCGCAGUGUAACGACGUUUUAGUCGAUGACGGACCACAUAUACGACAGUGGUCCCUAAGAUUAGUACCACAUAGCCUAGGUAUAUGGUAGGCUAUACCAACUAGGUUUGUGUAAGUACCCUCUGAGAGUGCACAAUGACGAAAUCUCCUAAUGACAUUUUUCUCAGCACAUAUCCCCGUUGUUAAGCGAUGUGACUGUAUUAGAACUUUUAUUCAUCCUUCAUCAUUCAGCCCAGGAUUUAGCUCUUUCAUCAGCCUUUCCUUUUCAUACCUGAUCUGGAAAGUGACCUUUCUUUCCUGGCCUCCCAAAUUGCUCCUAGAGCAGUUGAUUUGUUUCAUUUGUAUGGCACUUUGACCAUCUUGGGAGAUUUUUGGUACAUUUCUUAUCGCUGGGAUUGAUUUUAACUCUUUAAGGUAAGAACCAUAUUUUUAUGCUAUCUUUGUAGCCCAUGGAGUACCUGGCAUAUAGUAAAUAUGCAAUGUGUAUUUGCUGAUUGAAUGAUCAACUGCUGAUGUCUUCAAAUGAAACGACAGAAUUUUUCUAGUGAAAUCCAUUGACUUAAAACUGAAAAGAUGCAGCUUCUGGAAAUUGCUCUUUUUCUGGAUAGUUUAUGUUUUUGUGUGUGUGUGUGUGUGUGUGUGAGGAAGGUCAGCCCUGAGCUAACAUCUGAUGCCAAUCCUCCUCUUUUUUGCUGAGGAAGAUUGGCUCUGGGCUAACAUCUGUGCCCAUCUUCCUCUACUUUAUUUGGGACGCCACCACAGCAUGGGUUGACAAGCGGUGCGUCGGUGUGUGCCCGGGAUCCAAACCUGUGAACCCUGGGCCGCCGAAGUGGAGCACAUGCACUUAACCACUGAACUACCAGACUGGCCCCUUGAUCAUUUAUAUUUUAUCGAUGAGAAGUAACAUUUGAAGAUCUCAUAAUGUCUGAAAUUUUUCCUUUUAUGAUAGUGGAUGAUCAGCCUCACAUAGUAAAAAUAGUAUGGAGCUUGUUGAUAGUGGUUUGGGUUUAUCUUCUACCUGAACCCUACUCCGUCACUAUUAUGACCUGGACACGAUCCUGAUUUAGUCUUAUAAGUUGCAACAGUACAUGGCUUGCUUUAUUUCUAAGACCCAUUGAACUGUUCUUAUACCAGUACCUCACUGUCUUGAUUACUGUACCUUUGUAGUAAGUUUCAAAAUUGGGAUGUGUGAGUUUUCCAACUUUGUUUUCCUUUUUCAAAAUUGUUUUGGCUAUUCUGGGUCCCGUGAAUUUCCAUAGGAAUUUUAACUUGUCAAUUGUUGCAAAGAAGUCAGCUGGGAUUUUGAUAGGGAUUGCGUUGAAUCUCUAAAUCAGUUCGGGGAGUAUUGCCAUCUUAAUAAUAUUAAGAUGAGGUAUGAUGUGGUAUAUCUUUCUAUUUGUUUAGAUCUUCUUUCAUUUCUUUCA